AUGUGCUAUCAAAAGAUACUGGAAAUUGAGCCAGGAUGGGAAAAGAUUGUCAAAGGUAAGGCAGAUAACACGCUGAAAGGUUUUGUUGGCUACUGAAGUCUAUUAAUCAGAUUCGCUCAUGGUCCCACUUAAACAAACUACAAUUUAUAAAGGCUUUAUUGAGCAUUCAUAACAUCUCCAUAAACACUACAUAGAUGCCUCACAAAUAAUUUAUGAGCAAACUCAGCAAAGUCAUACUAUGUAAGGGGUUAUAUAUGACCCAUGUAACCAUAGGGCAAGGAUCAUCAACUAGAUUAUUUUUUGUUGAGCGGAUGCUCAGAGGGCCGGAACAUAAUUACAAAUCAUUUGUAGGCUGCAAAUUGACUGCAAGAAGCUCAAACAGAUAUAACAUUUGACUAAAACAUAAUAAUUUCAAACCUUGCUUACAUUUGUAUACGAUCACAAAUAUCUCUAUUAUGCGUGGAAAUACUUUGGAACAGAUUUUCUAAAUUAAAAUCAAUUGGAGCUGAUUUGCUGGUGUUUUUUAUGUUCCUAAAUAAAUAAAUAAAUAUAUAUAUAUUAUUUUUUGGGGCUCAUAAAACUUGGAGGGCCAAAUAAAAUCACCGCCAGUAGGGGAACCCUAGGGCCUAGGCUAACCCACCAUCUUCAGGGAUGUGAUUAUUCCUGAUUAAUCAGAAAUGUAUGUACCCUCUAUUCAUAUACAGUGAGGGAAGAAAGUAUUUGAUCCCCUGCUGAUUUUGUACGUUUGCCCACUGACAACGAAAUGAUCAGUCUAUAAUUUUAAUGGUAGGUUUAUUUGAACAGUGAGAGACAGAAUAACAACAAACAAAAUUCAGAAAACGCAUGUCAAAAAUGUUAUAAAUUGAUUUGCAUUUUAAUGAGGGAAAUAAGUAUUUGACCCCCUCUCAAUCAGAAAGAUUUCUGGCUCCCAGGUGUCUUUUAUACAGUUAACGAGCUGAGAUUAGGAGCACACUCUUAAAGGGAGUGCUCCUAAUCUCAGUUUGUUACCUGUAUAAAAGACACCUGUCCACAGAAGCAAUCAAUCAAUCAGAUUCCAAACUCUCCACCAUGGCCAAGACCAAAGAGCUCUCCAAGGAUGUCAGGGACAAGAUUGUAGACCUACACAAGGCUGGAAUGGGCUACAAGACCAUCGCCAAGCAGCUUGUUGAGAAGGUGACAACAGUUGGUGCGAUUAUUCGCAAAUGGAAGAAACACAAAAGAACUGUCAAUCUCCCUCGGCCUGGGGCUCCAUGCAAUAUCUCACCUCGUGGAGUUGCAAUGAUCAUGAGAACGGUGAGGAAUCAGCCCAGAACUACACGGGAGGAUCUUGUCAAUGGUCUCAAGGCAGCUGGGACCAUAGUCACCAAGAAAACAAUUGGUAACACACUACGCCGUGAAGGACUGAAAUCCUGCAGCGCCCGCAAGGUCCCCCUGCUCAAGAAAGCACAUAUACAGGGCCGUCUGAAGUUUGCCAAUGAACAUCUGAAUGUUUCAGAGGAGAACUGGGUGAAAGUGUUGUGGUCAGAUGAGACCAAAAUCGAGCUCUUUGGCAUCAACUCAACUCGCCGUGUUUGGAGGAGGAGGAAUGCUGCCUAUGACCCCAAGAACACCAUCCCCACCGUCAAACAUGGAGGUGGAAACAUUAUGCUUUUGGGGUGUUUUUCUGCUAAGGGGACAGGACAACUUCACCGCAUCAAAGGGACGAUGGACGGGGCCAUGUACUGUCAAAUCCUGGGUGAGAAACUCCUUCCCUCAGCCAGGGCAUUGAAAAUGGGUCGUGGAUGGGUAUUCCAGCAUGACAAUGACCCAAAACACACGGCCAAGGCAACAAAGGAGUGGCUCAAGAAGAAGCUCAUUAAGGUCCUGGAGUGGCCUAGCCAGUCUCCAGACCUUAAUCCCAUAGAAAAUCUGUGGAGGGAGCUGAAGGUUCGAGUUGCCAAACGUCAGCCUCGAAACCUUAAUGACUUGGAGAAGAUCUGCAAAGACGAGUGGAACAAAAUCCCUCCUGAGAUGUGUGCAAACCUGGUGGCCAACUACAAGAAACGUCUGACCUCUGUGAUUGCCAACAAGGAUUUUGCCACCAAGUACUAAGUCAUUUUUUGCAGAGGGGUCAAAUACUUAUUUCCCUCAUUAAAAUGCAAAUCAAUUUAUAAAAUUUUUGACAUGCGUUUUUCUGGAUUUUUUUGUUGUUAUUCUGUCUCUCAAUGUUCAAAUAAACCUACCAUUAAAAUUAUAGACUGAUCAUGUCUUUGUCACUGGGCAAACAUACAAAAUCAGCAGGGGAUCAAAUACUUUUUUCCCUCACUGUACCUUUAAUUCAGUAGGGUUAGGGAACAUUUGUGUUGCCUCCUUGAAAGUUGUAUCCUUUCUAAUCUGUGGCCCUACUAGCUGUUUACAAUAUAUGAUGCUAUUUACAACAUAUGAAUGCAUAUUAUGAAACGGUUGUCAUACUGUCCUACACUCCUUUGAUCCACCGCAAUGAGGUUACCCCAUGCUAGGCUCCUCAGAAGCCAUCUGUCUCUGAGCCCAUGUUCUCUCCUUUCUUCUUCAAGAGUAUCUGACCCAAGUGGAUUUGGAGGAAGAAAGAGAAUGCCAGGAAAGCAAAGCUUGGGAGGAGUUUGAUAAGGGAGAAGAAAAGGCCACGACAGUGCUCCAACUGUUGAAAAAGCUGGACAGACCCGAUCAGUUCCCGCUAUACUACUGCGGAGGGCUCAAUCUUCUGUCACACGCCAUUACAGACUGUGAGUACUCUGUUGGGAGCUUCCCCCUCCCUCCAAAUCCUGUGUGAGUGUAGGUGAAUGUUAUUUCUCGCUUCGCUUCCCCAACCCUCAUCCUAUCUUGUAGGCCAAAUGGAUGUCAAUGGAUGCUCCUUCAGGUCAAGGGAGGACAGCGUUGACAGGUGGGUUUCUCUUAUUCAUGGUUCUUGUAGUCGACUCUGAAAAAUGCAGUUAAUCUACAGUUACUGAAGAAAUGUGAAACUGUGUGGAGCUCAAAUCACUGCACAGACCUAAUGUUUGUUGUGUUGGUUAUGGUCAAUUUGUAAUCCUCUGAAAAUAAAAUCCAGAAGGGAAGACCUGACCUGACCCCUCUGCAGUAUUGAUUUCUCUUCAUGGUUAAUUUUGUCACAGUUCAGCAAACUCCCCAAUAUUGCCCUGCCGAGGCACUAGGUAAGGAAAGGACACACGGAAGUGGAAUAAUAAAUAUGUGUUUACAAUCCAAGCAUCCAUUUGGGAGCUGUUCUAUUACCAACAUCUCAGAUUGUGUAGAAUGCAGAGGUACAGUACUGGAUGACUUGUGCAAAAAUGGUGUAGUGCUGCACAGUAGCUAGUGUAUACAAGCCUUUAUGUUGAAUCAUUUGACAUUUUAGGUGUCACAGAUUUAUCACAUUUGACAUAAUUUAAAGGCCCAAUGCAGCUGUUUUUAUAUCAAUAUCAAAUAAUUUCUGGGUAACAAUUAAGUACCUUACUGUAAAUGUUUUCCAUUAAAAUAUUUUAGCAAAAAACUAUUUCUCAAGCAAAAAUUUUGCUAGGACUGUCUGGGAGUGGCAGAGAGGUAUGGAACUCUCUUUGUAAUUGGUCUAUAACCAAUUUACCACUUGGUGAUGUCUCCAGGCAAGCCAAAACUUAGAAGGUCCUGUGUAAAUUGUAUUUUCAAACAACAGGAAAUAACACUGAUCACAUUUUUUCACACUUUUACAGUGUUAGUUUCAUCAGCUGCUAUACAAUAUGAUACAAAACACAGGAAAAACUGAAUUUUGACUGCACUGAGCCUUUAAGAUGCACACAUGUUCCCACUAUAAUGUUACAUUUACAUAAUAUGUGUGAACUACCAGUAUCAAUUAGAACAAACUACUUGACCAUCAGUGACAAUAAUCAAUGAUGUCAAUGGUAGACUACUACCUAACAUUUCCAGUCUGGGUUUUCACUUCCCUCUUCAUAUGGAUGGAUACAACCCGUCAGAUGAUCUACUGAUUGUAAUACUGACUGUCUUACAAUGUCAUUCAAUGAAAGGGCAAACGUUACAUAAUUCACAGUUGAACAUCUCCAAGGAGAGUGUAGAAACGACCUGCUUAGCAUUACCAGCUCUCUCGCCACCAAAUCACCUUGGCAGAUCUUUUUUUCCCUCUUCUCCUACAUGUUCUCUGCACACAGGCCCGGUCUCAUCGUCUUUAUGAGGGAAAUAGAGGAGGACCUUUGGCUCUGGAUUAGUUUAAUUUUUUCCACUCUCUCCUGCCCUUGACCGCCAGGCAAUGUGUUUCUGAAGCCUGGCCACGGGCACACUGUGAUGAUGUAUUGGGCUCACUGAGGUAGGGAAAGGCCUCCCAGUCCUGAUGUUAUCUGCUCUUCCUACCAGGCACUGGCCAGACGCUGUUCCGAUUAAACAAUGGCUUCAGUAUCAUCCAAACCAAUGACACCGUAAGAGGGUAAAGAGACUCGAGAGAUGCCCCUGACUGACUGACUGGAGUUAGGGACAGUCAGAGCAAACCAUGGACCCAAAAAGUUUUUCAAACCAAAGAGAUGCUGUCUUUCAAAGUCACUCUCUUUCUGUUAGUUGCUAGUUAAAUAUAGCCACAAUAGAAUGAGCUCCUUUAGAGAUUUGGAUGAACCUGUAAUGUGCUGUGCCCCACGCAAUGUACUAUAUAUAGUAGGUGUUAUGUGGGGUGAGACACUAAUCACGACUCCCUCAUGUCAAAUUAGAUAGGUUAUUAUUAACCUAAAGUCGACCACAAUUGUUCUUGUGAAGCGUUUUGGACUUGUGGUCAUAUUUCAGACCAGCACAGAUUGUCAGGAAAGUGGUUCAAGUUUUCAGCACAAAGUAAUGAGAAAAAUAUGCAAUUGGGUUUCUUUAUUUUCAGUUGCUUGUUGCAGAAAUCGACAGCGCCAUGCGCAGAGGAGCUAUGCAAAUCCAUACUGAAAUUGUGGAGGGUGAUUUGCGAUGGAAAUGGUUUGUAGACAGACAUUAGAGUGAUAUUUUCUCGUCUUUUUUGCACAUAGAUUUUUUUGUCAAGAGAAAUGGUGAGAAAAAAAUUCAUCAAAUGCCAAAUGACUUCCAGUAUCCCAUUGUUUUGUCGUUAUUCUGCCUGUCAUCCGUUUUUGCCAACUCCUUAUUAAGUGCCCACUUGUUCUGUAGUUACACAAGCAAUAUGUGCUUAAGGGGCAAUCUGGGAUUGGUACAUCCAUUUUUUAUGAAUGAUAUAGCCAUUGAUUCUUGAAGAAUAUAAUUUAUACAUACCUCAUGUUUUGCAGAACCCACAAAAUAUAAGCUUGUUUUACUCCAUUGUUUGUAAACAAUGUAAUUGUAAACUCACACUUUGUAGCUUCAAAACAUGAUUAAAACAACCAUUUGGGGUGACCACUUCUUUGUUGUUUGAAUCCCAGACUGCCCCUUUUACCACACCAAAAUUCAUGAAAACUUGUUACCAAGAUAAAAUAUGAUACAGCUAUCCAUUCAAUUAUACAGCUAUCCAAAACCUGUUGUGCCAAUGUCAAAAUAGGGGAAAUGCAUUUGAUGUAGAAAAUCUCUCAAUUAAGGAGGCAAGUGCAAUUAUAUUGUUGCUAUUGCAUUUAAGGUAGGCCUACUAUCAUCCCCUGACAAAUAGCAUUCAAAUCGAUUCAAACUGCAUGCAACAUAUGAUUACAUUCAAUCUUUGCUACAACUGUCACUGGAACUGUCCCUGUUGCUGAAGGUAUUUAGUCUUACAUCAGCUCUCUUGCUGCAUUUGCACUUACCGGUGCCUGCUAUUCAGAAUAUUGUGUCAUCCAUCAUAUGUAAUCAUUAAAACAAUGACAUAGCAAGUUGGAUAAUUGUCUUGGCUUAAAGAAAAGUGCUAAUGAAAAUGUUCGUCUUUCUCACACCACUCUGCAGGUUGGUGGGAAACUUGAUGGUGUGCAUAUCCACACAGAGCCAGCUGGAAACCACAGCGUUAGCUAUUUUGGAGAACUUUGCCACAGAAAACAAAUAUGUACACUGUAGCUAAUGCAAUAAAUAGCUUUUCGUAACAAAAUGGUGGAUGUUAUUAUUUGGAGGGAAAAACCCGCACUCACUGAAAUAUUCUUUAUGUUUUAAUGUAUUUUUUUAGGAGCAGAUGUCAGAACAAAUGGAUAUGUUUCGGCGGCAGCCUUCGACAGUGUUUGGAGAACAAUGCUAUCACAAUGCUAUCACUUCAAAGGAAAAAAUCCAUACAAAUUCUCAGUGGCGCAACUUUGGUUUUAGAAGUUGGGAGGGACAUAAUUAUUAUUAUACAGUGGGGAAAAAAGUAUUUAGUCAGCCACCAAUUGUGCAAGUUCUCCCACUUAAAAAGAUGAGAGGCCUGUAAUUUUCAUCAUAGGUACACGUCAACUAUGACAGACAAAAUGAGAAAAAAAAAUCCAGAAAAUCACAUUGUAGGAUUUUUAAUGAAUUUAUUUAUUUAUUUAUUUCUAACCACUGCCGCUCCUCUUCUCAUCAUUCCAUUUGUUUUGUCUUGCUUUUUACACACACAUGGUUCAUAUCUCCUCAUCAGUCCCUGUAUAAGUAUUCCCUCUGCACCCCAUGUCUGUGUGUGAUUGUUUCCAUGUGGAGGUGUCGAUAGCUCGGUGGAGCAUUAUGUACUUUAUCGCCGGGAUAUUCACCCGUGUGUUUUGUUUUUCCCAGUGCCCCAUUAAGUCGCACUGUAGUUGUUUUACGCAUUGCUGCGAUCCGAUGUAUUGGCCGAAUAAACUAUUAUUCUGGGAUUUACACCUCCUGCGCCUGACUCCGUCCAAAUCACCCGCUACAAUUCCGAUGAAAAUCCGAUGAAUUUCAAAUCUAAUUAAUAGGAUUCUAAAGCUAAGAAUAAGCUGCCAGCUGAUAGCAAAUCUAAAAAAAAUUGAAUGAUGAAAAAGUGACGAGUUUAUCUGUUCUUUUGUUUUUUGAUUUGGAGUCUCUCCCUAGUCAAGUGCAGUUGGGGUAUAUAAACUAUAAAGUCAGAGCAUUUAUCCCAAGACCAAUGCAGUGUGAUCACUGUAAAGCUUUUGGUCAUGUGUCAAGGGUUUGCAGAAGGGAGAAACCGAGAUGUCCAAGUUGUGGAAAAUAUCAUUUAAUGUGUUAUAAAAGUGAUGAAAAAGUAAAAUGUUGCAAUUGUGGUGGGAACCAUGAAGCCACGUCUUUUGAAUGCCCGACAAGGGUGAAAUAAAAUGAAUUGGCCAAAGUUAGGGUUGUACAGAGCAUUUCCUAUGCAGCAGUGGUUAAAAGGGUUGAGAGUUUGAAUGGUGCUCCUGAAGAGUCCAUGGUGGUGGAUAGGCCUUCAAUGCAAGCUGCAGGGGUUGCCUUUCACCAAGAUGAUCCUGACAUUUUAAAGGUUAAAAAGGUGGACUUUGUGGCCUUUAUAGCAAUGGUGAUUAAUGGCACUGCCAAGGUGGAGAAAAGAUCUAGGAAGAUAUAAAUAAUUGUGGUUGUGGCGGAACAGUUCCUGGGGCUGAAAGAUUUCUCAGCAAAAGAGUUACAUGGAAUAUUGUCAAAAGCCGUACCAGUCUAUCAGGUCCUAUAGCCUGAGAAGGUAGAUAUAGAGAACUAAAAGAGUUUUGUUUGUUUUGGCAAUGUACUAUUUUUAUUACGGUGGAGUAAGUUAGUAUCACUAUGAAGUAUGGUUUAAUUUUUUCUUUUAUAUAGUUUGUGGUUUCAAACCGUCCAGUUGGUGGCGGCAAUGCAACUUUUGGAUGUAGUCCACCAUAAAACCCACAGAAGAAGAAAAAGCCAGAGGCCUAGCCCACUCUACCCAUUGUAGCCCUUCCCCUGUGUGAGUGAGAGGUGCAGGGUGCAGACAGCGCCGUGAAGUAAUGACAGAUGUCCGAGGAGAGAAGUAUCUAACAAAAAAAAUGCCCAGAUUUACAGCAGAGGAGCUGAGGAGUAAACACUUGGCGACCAGAAUAACAGCCAGGAACAGGCCAGGGAGUUUCCAGCUGAACUGUACGAGGACUGUACUGGCAAGCUUCCCAUGUUGUCACUCCAGCUCCAUCACGUCAUUUAGCUAACUUAGUUGAGGUAAUGUUAGCUAGCUAACGUUAACAAGUUAGCCAAAGUGACGUGAUGGAGCUAUCACAACAAGUGACAAGUUAGGAAUUACAAAAGCAGCAAGUCACAGACAUAUUUUUUGUGACUUUUUUCCCACUAUUUUUUGUUAACUAUCAUUGUUUGAAAAUGUCGUUGUGUGUGAGACAUACUGCUGUCAGGUUUAUGAACUGUGUGUGUCUGUGUAUGUGUCGCUUCAGGAGAGAGUGUGCUUAGCUUCAAAGCUUGCGAUCCACUAUAGGCCUGCUAUUGCGCUCAACCUGAGUAAUCUUAAUUUACAAAAUGUAACCAUUGUUCUUUAUUUUCUACAUUUUUUUCAGUCCAAACAAGAACACAGACCCAGGCCUGUCUGGCAAAUACCCCCUCCACAGCUGAGAGAAAGGAGUUAAUCUUGGACUUCAUAAGAAUGUUGCUAAUUUUCCCCUAACUUCGGACACUCUCUAGCGGUUGGUGGACUAAGUCACCUCGAGGUCAACAUUUAAAUGGACUGGAAAAUAACGGAAAGUUUUGUGACUAAAGACACCGUUCUAGCUAGCUGACCACCGAUUUUCAUUGCAAUUUUUGUAAGUUACGUUUUUUUUACCGGAAGGCUAGCCAACUAGUCAACUAUCUAGUAAACACUUCGGGUACGUGGUUGGUGUCUCUUUUUUGAACUAAAUUAAACUUGUAAUUGAACAAAAUAGUAAGGUGGCCAAUAACUGGGGAUCGUAUGCCGAUAAUACGGGACGUAUAUGGUACCGCAUGUCAUGACUCAUGCAAAAUUAUAUAAUACUGAUUUGUGUUUGUAGCCUCCUGUGAUUUAUUGGCCGUGUCCCAUACUAUAUACACUGUGUAGCCCAUUGUUCCUUGUCAUGUAGGAGCUUAUUGUACAGAGUUGGCUACAUCACAUACAGCAUAGGCAAGUGAUUUGUAGCAUAUCUUCUCUAUUGUGGUUCUCUAUUACAGGAGUGGUGAACUCACUGUGAAGACAGAGAGAUCCUUUAUCCCCUCCUGGGACUGAUGAUCAACCUCUCCGGUAAUUCCUCCACAGCCAUCCAGGUACGAUAGGCUGUUAGGCUGUGCGUUUCCCAAAUAGCACCAUAUUUCCUAAAUAGUGCACUGCUUUUGACCAGGGGUGCCAUUUGGAGUUGGGCUGUGAUUAACUAGUCCUUGGCCCACAUAUAAGGGUAACAUAUCAAUUCGAUGGGAAGAGUGAGGGAGGGAGGUGAGUGGAAGAACAAGAACAAAGAGAGCACUGAGAGCUUUUGUUUCAGCCCCUUUGGUAUAAUCAUAAGCACCCCUAUGAAAAAGUGAAAUGUAGAGUGAAAAUUUGAGUAACCUUUCUCGCUUAUCUUGCAGGAGCAUGCUGUUUCCAUCAGUGGCGUAUGCUUGGGCUUCCUGAGUGAUCCCGACGGGGGCAUCAUCACAGUGAGUGGUAUGAAUCUCACCACCUAG